CAUUGACACAUGCUGGAGCUACUCCACCGUUAACCAGGACUGGAUGAACUGCGAACUGCUCAGGCGUUGAGAACGAUGCGAAUGGCUCCACCAUUUCAGGUCUGGAUUGUACUAAUGAGACAGAGAGCAAAUGUGCCAGAAUAACCUACAGACGAGAAUCGACGUUGUUCAGAUCUGGACCAAUGAAAGGAAGAUGAAUGAAUGUAAAAAUGAAUCCAUGUUUGACAUUAAAGAAUACCAGCGUUACACUUAUGCCAUCAUCUACACCAUUAUCCUGGUGCCGGGGUUGAUCAGUAAUGUAUUGGCACUGUGGAUUUUCCACGCCUACGUAAAAGAGACGAAAAAAGCUGUGAUCUUUAUGAUCAACCUGGCGAUUGCUGAUCUUCUCCAGGUACUUUCAUUACCUCUGCGCAUUUACUACUACCUGAACCAAUCGUGGCCGUUUGGGCACGUCAUGUGCAUGCUCUGCUUUUAUCUGAAAUACGUCAACAUGUACGCCAGCAUUUAUUUCCUGGCAUGUAUCAGCAUACGUCGGUGCCUGCUGAUCAUCUAUCCGCUGAGAUAUAGCUCCACAAAACGGCAGCACGACCGGGCCUGGUGCGCCGUCGGCUGGUUUGUCGUGUGUAUCUGCUGCCUGCCGUUUCCUCUCCUGAGAAAAGACUCCAAACCCACCAAUGGAAGUUCGCCUGUGUGCUUCUCAGAGCUUCCUAUGGUCUCGCUCUCCCUAGCUAAAGGAGUCACUCUGGUUACUUUUGCCGAAAUCACAGGUUUCCUCCUACCACUCACGGUGGUCCUGACCUGCACGUGGCUAACCGCAGCAAGUCUGCGGGAAAAAGGCGGCGUCUUGCACGAUGCCGGAGAAAAACGUAAAGCACUAAAGAUGGUACUGAGCUGUGCUGGCGUCUUCCUGUUCUGUUUCAUGCCCUACCACAUCACCUUUCCUUUAGACUUCAUUGCUAAAUCGAAGAUGAAAGUUAGCUUGAUGUUUUGUAGAGCCGUACAACGCUCACAUCCUAUAACAUUGUGUCUGGCUAGCUUCAAUUCCUGUCUGGAUCCGGUCAUGUACUACUUUACGACAGAUGAAUUCAAGAGACGACUAUCAAGGCCGGAACUUUCCGAAACCUUUCAUUUGCAUCGCCGGAUCUCCUACUCCACCACCGAGGUGAAACUGUCUGAGCUCUCGGAUCAAGGGAACAUUCCUUCUGAGAAUGUGAAUCUUCAUUAGCAAUAGCAUGAAUUCUGGACUCUGCUGUUAGCACCGAGUAAAACCCUGCAAAGGAUACAAAGAAACACAUUGAAACAAGGUCACCUUACACACUUUCUGACCAAAAGUAUGUGGACACUCGUCAUUAGGUGGUCAAGCCUAACUUCAGGUCCAAAACUUUCAGAUUCCAUAAUGACUGUGCCCCUGUGCACCAGUACAAACCUAUUUAUUCAUUCAUUCAUUUUCUUAUCCGCUUAUCCAAUUAGGGUCAUGGAGGGUGCUGGAGCCUAUUCCAGCUUUUCAAUGGGCGCAAGGCACACAGUAACACCCUGGACGUGACGCCAGUCCAUCGCAGGGCAGACACACAUACACACACACAUACACACACCCAUUCACUUGUAGGGCAAUUCAGUGUCUCCAAUGAACCUGACUGCACGUCUUUGGACUGUGGGAGAAAACCGGAGCUCCCAGAGGAAACCCAUGCAGACACAGGGAAAACAUGCAAACUCCACACAGAAAGGACCCGGACUGCCCCUCCUAGGGAUCGAUCCCAGGACUUUCUUGCUGUGAGGCGACAGUGCUACUUACUAAGCCACCGUGCAACCCUAACCUAUUCAGCAUAUAAUAAAUUGAAACAUAGAUUGAGAGCAAGGCAUUGUCAUUCAGCAGAGAUGCUUGACCUCACAAAUUUUACUGAAUCGACACAAAUUCCCACACACACUCCUUCAGAUCAGAUUGGACAAUAUCUUAUCUGCAUAUGGUUGUCAAAUAGGAUUCUAAUUAUCUUAUGAUCAGGUGUCUACAUACUUUUGGUUAUAUGGUGUACAUAGGAAUGACUUUUCAGGGAGGAUCUGAAUAACACAAAUGCUUAUGAACUGUGAAUUCACUCAUAUACGAGGGAUCUUCAAAAUGUUCUCACACUUUUUUAAAGUCUAUUUAUUAAGAAUUUCAAAAACAAACCACAUCACUUUUCUACACAGUCUUCGGAUGCAUUUUUCCAGCGUCGUACCAACUUUUUAAUGCCAUCCAAAAUGUUUUUGGUUGAGCGCGUAGCCACUGAUGCGCCACUGCUUUCAUAUCACCAUCACAUGAAAAUCUUCUUCCCCUUAAUGCUUCUUUAAGCGUCCAAAAAGGUGGAAAUCAGAUGGAGCUAAAUCUGGACUAUAAGCGUCUCUCAGUCUCUCAGACACGACCGAUUACUACUCCUCCCACCCUCACCGCUUAUAACCAAAAUAUAUAAGUGAGGAAAUUUUUUGAAGAUCCCUCACACAUCUGCUAAUAAUGCAGAAUAUUUAUGUUAUACAAAUAUAAUAAAAAUAACUGUGAUCAAUAUAUUCAAAUUUUAAACCUUGAAUUUAUUUAUUGUCUGUUUUAUCACCGCUUUAUCCCGGAUCAGGGUUGCAGUGGGUCUGAUUCAGCCCAGAAAGGUUGCCAGUCCAUCACAAGACACACACACACACACACACACACACACACACACACACUUAAACUCUUAUUGAAUUUUGAUUGUAACAGACUAAAUGAUUAAAAACAAAAUAGAAAUCUCUCAUGCUCUCUAAAAAUCAGUUAAGAAUGCAAAUAAAUCUUGAAUGAUUACUUUUCA